UUCAAUAAAAAAAAAAAAAAUUAGUUUUGUGUAAAAAUUAAAAUUGUUGGUAGAUUUAAUGCUUUUUAUUUGAGUUCGAGGAAGAGGAAACGGUCCAGGAUCUUCCUUUUAAACAUUUUGGAUUUGAAGAUAUGGUGAUUCUGCACACUUCAACUCCUCCUGGCAUGAAUUGCCGGGUACCAUACGCCAGUGGUCAAGAUUGGGACAUAAACGAUAGUACAAUACCAAAAAUAAACGAUUACGAUUCUUUCUCCGAAUGGGCGGACGGUCAUUGCCGUUUGGUUUAUCGAGCAGACUCUGAAGAUGCUAAAAGACACGCUUCCGGUUGGGCGAUGCGAAACACAAACAACCACAACGUGCACAUAUUAAAAAAGAGUUGCUUGGGUGUACUCGUGUGUUCAUCGAGAUGUACUUUGCCCAGCGGAGAAAGAGUGCAUCUUCGCCCAGCGAUUUGUGACAAAGCCCGGAAGAAACAGCAAGGAAAGCCGUGUCCGAAUCGACAAUGUUCGGGGAGAUUAGAGAUAUUACCGUGUAGAGGGCACUGUGGUUAUCCAGUGACUCAUUUUUGGAGGCAUACGGAUCAUGCGAUUUUUUUUCAAGCGAAAGGAGUUCAUGAUCACCCGCGACCGGAAGCUAAGAGUACUUCCGAGGCGAGACGGAGUCUUGGUAGCGGAAGGCGAGUUCGUGGACUCGCGGUUUUGCUGGCGCGCGAAUCUAGUCUUAAUAGUAAGUUAAUGCCAAUGAGAGAACCAAAAAGACAAUGCAGAGAUAUGAUCCAAAGUCCGAGAAUAUUAAAUCCACCACCAUUAAUAAACGAUCAAGAAAAACAAUAUUGUUCCUGUCCACCUUUUGAAUGUAUUUGUGUACAAAACAUUCAAACCAAUCUUCAAUACAAUAGUCAUUCACCAACGUCUUCGUAUCAACCACCACAAAACCUCGACAAUUUUUGGUCCCCAAUCGAUCAAGUUCAAUACACCUCCAAUUUAAACGAUCAACAACAAAAUCUUAGUCACCAAUACGAUUUUUCAACAAUUAACGCCGAUUUAUUUCAACCUGAAGAAAUAUUUCAAUUGGAUCAACCGUUAAAACCGGAUUUUACACAACAAGAUACAGCGAGAAGUCCACCAACUCUCCUCGAUUUAGGAAGUGGGACAAUUCAUCGAGAAUACAAGACUGAAGAUUACUGGCAUCAACAGAAUGUAAAUAACGUUACGAACGAUGAUAGUAACAAUAGCACGAAUAGUAGGUUUUAUUUUAAUUCUUCACCGGAUAACUCUCAAAUGUCUUUAAAUCAAACUGAAAUUAAUUUUGGAGCUAAACUUGAAGAUAUUUACGCGAACACCCCGAAAUACGAAUACUUUAAUCAACAACAACAAGAGAAUGAAUACAAACAUCAACAAUUCCUUGAAGUAAACGACCCGAAAAUAUUCUUCGGCGACGAUCCUGUCUCCACAAAUACUUACGAGAAAAGUUUUCGAAAUCACCACGAUAACAGAUUGAAUGAAAAAUUUGAAAUGACCCCGCAAUACGUUGAUUACACCACUUUACUUGGAAAUUGUGACACCAAAAUCACUUCGAACGAAUUGAUUUUCAGUGAUAUCGAUUUUAAAUUAAACAGUUCCUUAACAGGCCCACAUUACACUAACGAUUCAUUUGAAAGUAUAGUAACGCACCAAUAAAGAAAUAUUAAUAUGAAUUAGAACUUAAAUAUUAAAUAAAUCGCGUGCCUUUUUGUAUAGUAUUUUUUGCUUUCUGAUGAUCCUCAUUGUUUGAAAUUGUUGUGUUUUAUUUUAGCGAAUUUUUCUUAUGCGUUCACUUCAUUAUCAAUUAGCUUUAAAUUCGUUUUUUUUUGUAUAUAGAUAUCUGAACAUGUGUAUAUAGAGUUUAUGAAUAAAUUGUGAUAUUUCUAGUA